AUCUGUUUGUAGCUACAGACCGUGCAUCUAGAAGCCAUUUCAUACUAGAUAUCUAGGCAAUAAGCAAAGCUUUCCAGUUGCUUUUACCACUAUAAUAGUGCUCUCCUGUCUAUAUUUGGUAGAUUCCAUUAUGACAUUAUUUGCAAAAAUUGGUUUAUCCAACAUUUUGUCAAGUAGAAGUUGCUUUAUUCACACUUCUUGGCUCCCCAAGAUAGGGUUACAUGACCUUGACCUCUGCCACUGUAAGAGUAUGAAGAGCUUUUAGCAAGGACCUAGAGGAGUAAACACAAAUGCUACAGGUUCUUUAUAAGGGUGUAGACCUUUUGUUAUUCAAAGUUGCAUAGUUGGGAUUGAGGUUAAAAGUGCUGGCUGCUUUUCCAAUUCCCAGCACCCACGUGGCAGUUUACUAGUGUCUAUAGCUCCAGUUCUAGGUCAUCCAGUGCCCUAUUCUGGCCAUGUGAUUCACAUAUGUAUACAUGUAGGCAAAACACCCAUACAUCUGAAGUUUAAAGUUACAUGGUUCGUGCCUAACGCAGCACCAGGUAUUUUGUAUUUUUUGAAUGAGCAUAUUUAUUUUGUUUUUAUUAAUCAGAAUACAGAAUCCUGCUGUUUCCUUCAUACUUCCAGAUGUCUCCAGAUUCAUGAAGCAGUAGUGCUUUUCCUGCUACUGAUAUAGAAACUGAAUAGGAGAAUCUGUAGAAGAGCAGGGCUGUGGAUGCCUGGCAAGCCCCAAGUGAUCAGCCUUCCUUUUGUCUUCCAUCACCUGCCCAGAACCCUCCUCCAUUGACUCCAGAAGCAUCUUUUAUGACUCAACUAUAAAAUCACUGCUUUAGGCAUGCAGCUGAUACAUAAACUGUUCAUCCAGAAGUUUAGAGUCACAUUAUGAAAAACAGUGGCCAGAGUCAUCUGGGUGGGUUAGAACCCUCAGCAGUAAAGUCAGGAGGUUGUAGAUCUCAGCUACACAUUCAAGAUCAAAGCACCAAAUUUGAGAUAAGCUCAUAGCUGAGCAACAUUGAAAAUAGAGGCACCAAUAGCAAAUCAAAUUAUUUUAUUAUGAGAUCAAAUUAUUUCAUCUUUCAGUUGUGCUGUACAUAGGUUGGAUAAAUCAAGAGUCAAAUCAUGUCCUGUGCAACCUGAUAGUUGAAGUAAAAACUUAAUAUAGCACAAAUGUGAGUCCUAUCUCCUAACACAGCUUCAUAAAGGGAAUCUACUAUAUUCACCAAAAAUGAGUCUUCUAUUGUCUCUUGAUUUCCUGUGUAAAGCUGAAUGUAUUCCUUUCUCUUAUGGAAGAAUAUGAAGCAUUGGAGCCUUUUUUUGUGUUAUUCUAAUAGAUGCUUUUUCAUCCUUUAAAAACAUGUCCCAUACUUAGUGAAAGUUUUAUCUCACUGUGUUCACCAACAUAUUCAUGCCUCAUAAAAAUGCACAGAUGUUUCCAGUCAUAUUUGACUAUUAAUAUGGGACAAGAAGAGAACCAGUUGUUCUGUACUGUUUAUCUUGAGAGCCUUGUGCAUUCUGGCAGUGUUUUAUUGACUAGCUCAGGCUUGAAGUCUUAAAUUUUGAUGUGGCUUGCUCUAAAGCUGAACAGGUGUCUUCUCUUCCCAAAUCUCCUCCAGAUUCUAGUGAUUAGAGAAGCUUGCUUUCAUAAAUAGAUUCCAAAAUAAUCUAUCCUUAGUUAUUUUUAAAUAUAAGUUAUAGAAUCUCCAUUUUAUAGUAUAAUAUUUGCUCAUUAAAGCAAGCUCUAAAAAUGUAAUGCUUGUAGUUUACAACUCCAACAUUGAUUAAAGUAGCUUUCUUACUUAGUAAUUAUGCCAUAAAAUUAGUAGUUCAGAUAGUAAAUUAAAGCAGGCCUCAGAUUAAGACUUCUAUUAAGACUGUUGGUAUUUAAGUAUUUAUAAAACCAGAUGUUUAAAAGUAUGCGUAUUGGUUUAUGCUUUGUUGUAUAAAAGGCAUAUUCCCAAGUCAGAUGUAAAUAAAAAGGAAUGUAUAAAUGGGGCUGAGGGCAGAGCUCAGUGGUAAAGCACGAUUAAGGCCUUGGAUUUGCUACCAGGGACCAAAACAAGUAUAAUAAAAUGAUUAAGUUGGACAUUAAGUGGAAAAAGAGAGUCAACUUUAUAUGAAAGUCUUAAAAGUAAUGUUCAGGUGGGGGUGUGACUUAGUGAUAGAAUACCAGCUUAGCAUAUACAGUAUCUAUCCUAAGUUUGAUCUCUGUCACUAUAAAAUCAAAAUUUUACAGAAAUUUUCUGAUGAAAAAUGUCUUAAUCUAUACUAUAAAUUCAAAUUUAAUACAUUGUUUGGUUGUAACGAUGAACCCUAAUGUGUAUAUGAUUUUAACACUACACUUUUUGAUAAGGAAGGGAUGGACCAUAUAAUCUUCUGUCCUCUGGGUGGAAGAGACGUACAUACCAUAUCCCUGAUCAGCACUGCCCUCCCUGUUUUCUGAUGCAUGUUAAUGCCCUCCCAAGUGUUAACAGGUAUUCCUGAAAAAGUACUCCCUGACUGAGGAGGCUUUACGGGAUGGAAAUAAACUGGCACAGAUGGAAGAAGCUCCACUUUUUCCAGGAGAAUCAAUUAAGGCCAUUGUGAAAGAUGUCAUGUAUAUCUGCCCAUUUAUGGGAGCAGUGAGUGGGACCCUGACAGUGACGGAUUUUAAAAUGUACUUCAAAAACGUAGAAAGGGACCCACAUUUCAUCCUUGAUGUUCCCCUUGGAGUGAUCAGCAGAGUUGAGAAGAUUGGUGCCCAGAGCCAUGGGGAUAAUUCUUGUGGUAUAGAGAUCGUGUGCAAGGAUAUGAGAAACCUGAGACUUGCAUAUAAGCAGGAGGAACAACGAAAACUUGGGAUAUUUGAAAACCUCAACAAGCAUGCUUUUCCUCUUUCUAAUGGGCAGGUGCUAUUUGCAUUCAACUAUAAAGAAAAGUUUCCAGUUAAUGGCUGGAAAGUUUAUGAUCCAGUAUCUGAAUAUAAGAGACAGGGCUUGCCAAAUGAGAGUUGGAAAAUAUCCAAAAUAAACAGUAAUUAUGAAUUCUGCGAUACCUACCCUGCCAUCAUUGUUGUGCCAACUAGUGUAAAAGAUGAUGACCUUUCAAAAGUGGCAGCCUUUCGAGCAAAAGGCAGAGUCCCUGUUUUAUCAUGGAUUCACCCAGAAAGUCAGGCAACGAUUACACGUUGCAGCCAGCCACUGGUGGGUCCCAAUGAUAAACGCUGCAAAGAAGAUGAAAAAUACCUACAGACAAUAAUGGAUGCUAACGCACAGUCACAUAAACUCAUCAUCUUUGAUGCCCGACAAAACAGCGUUGCUGAUACCAACAAGGCAAAGGGUGGAGGAUAUGAAAGUGAAAGUGCUUACCCCAAUGCAGAACUCGUGUUUUUGGAGAUCCAUAAUAUUCAUGUAAUGAGGGAGUCACUUCGUAAAUUAAAGGAGAUCGUGUACCCUUCCAUUGAUGAGUCACGGUGGCUAUCCAGUGUGGAUGGGACACAUUGGCUGGAAUAUAUAAGGGUGCUGCUUGCUGGGGCAGUACGAAUUGCUGAUAAAAUAGAAUCUGGGAAAACUUCCGUGGUGAUCCACUGCAGCGAUGGCUGGGACCGAACAUCCCAGCUCACAUCUCUGGCAAUGCUGAUGUUGGACAGUUAUUACCGGACCAUUAAAGGAUUUGAGGCUCUCAUAGAAAAGGAGUGGAUAAGCUUUGGACACAGGUUUGCACUGAGAGUGGGCCAUGGUGAUGACAACCAUGCAGAUGCUGACCGAUCACCUAUAUUUCUUCAGUUUAUUGAUUGUGUUUGGCAGAUGACAAGACAGUUUCCUUCAGCAUUUGAAUUUAAUGAAUUAUUCUUGAUUACAAUUUUGGAUCACCUAUAUAGCUGUCUUUUUGGAACCUUUUUGUGCAACUGUGAACAACAGCGCAUCGAAGAGGAUAUAUAUACAAAGACUAUAUCUUUAUGGUCUUAUAUUAAUAGCCAGCUAGAUGAAUUUUCAAAUCCCUUCUUUGUGAAUUAUGAGAACCAUGUGUUGUAUCCUGUUGCUAGUAUUAGUCACUUGGAAUUGUGGGUAAAUUAUUAUGUACGAUGGAAUCCACGGAUGAGACCACAGAUGCCAAUUCACCAGAAUCUCAAGGAGCUGCUGGCUGUCAAGGCUGAGCUGCAGAAGCGUGUGGAAGAUCUUCAGCGGGAGGUGGCCACACGAGCCAUCUCAGCUUCUGAGAGAGGCUCCUCGCCUACCCACUCGGUCACUCCUGUCCACACCUCAGUCUGAUGAACAAGGCCAGUGUCCUGGGACAACCAUCCUUCUGCUCUACUGUCUUCCAGCAGCUCAGGGACCUGGCCAAUGAUUUUAUGGUUCUAGCUUGUCAUCUUAGGAUUAGGUCCAGGGACCAUUUGUGUGGCUAGGUGACAGCUCCUAUUAGUAAGUUCUUUUAUGUGAACAGCCUGUGACUUUCUUGAAGGCAGUCUCACAGGGGCAUAAGAUGUGACACCCACCCUGUGAGCUACCUUGUCUUGUACAGGUAGCUUGGGAAAAACUAGAUUGAAUACAGUGUGGUAUUUCAGCUUAAGAGAAUCUCCUACUACUUCUUUCCAAGUUAAGUCCUUUGUUAGGAACAACCUGUUCACGUAUAGAACGCAUCACAAGCCAUGUGGCUUCUCUCAGCCUUUCAGCACAAUUUGAAAACUGGUUCUAAAUGAAAUGCUAGUGUGGCAAAUGGACCACUGCCACUUGUUCUACAGUUAUCUUCAUGCAAGAAGUCCUCCUGUACAAUUGGUACAAUAUGUACUGUUGUGUACAUACAAGGUAUUUUUUAAAGAGAAACAUGCCUUUAUUUUCCUAUGUCCUUUUUUAUGUUUAGAAUAGUUGUCUCAGGAGUCAUCUGCUGAACUGUGCUGUAUGAGAAAUUCUUGCCCAACAGAGUUUAUGCUGACUUUUGUGUGGUACAUUUGAAUUAAGAUUUCAGAUAUGUCAUCUCAGUGGCAAUGUAGUAUUGUUCUAACUCUGGGACUUGCCUUUUGAGGCGGCACAACCCAUUCAUUCACUGAUAGAGGUAACAGAGAAUUAUGAAUGCUCAGUCCUCAGGUUGUUGCAGGUAAACUGAAGGCUCAAGCAGCAAUUCUGUGUGUGUGUGUUGACGGUUCUCUAAAAGAUCAAGUCUUGGGAAUUGUUCUGGCCAUUGAACCCUGCAUCCUACCACCUGUUAAGAUGUCCAGCAGCCGUGUCAGAGCAAGUCUGCUUUCCCUGCUAUAUACCGGGACACCAUGUCUUCAUUUAUCACAGUCCCUUCUCAGUUUACCUAAUAGCUGCCUGUCCAUUCUUUAAAGCAACCGAUGUGUCACAGCUUUGGUUUAGAAAGCAUAGCAUGCUCUUCCUUCCUUGCUUUUCCUUUCUCGGAGCCACCCUUGGCUAUCCAGGCCUCACUCCGCAGUUAACAAAUGAGCUCUGCUACUCCAGCAGUCCUUCUAGGAAUGAAUUUCCCAUCAGCUCCUCUGUGUGCAGUGCCAGCAUCCCCACCCCCACUGACAUGCCUAGUUUUGCAUGUCACUAGGUCCUUCAGAGUUGGAGAUGCGUUCAAAGCUGACAGAGUUGGCCCCUAAGCAGAGAUGCAUCACAUCUUCCUCUGCUCAGCGUCAACUCACUGGAUGCCAUGUUGACCUCAGUUUUCAAAACAUAUUCGUAAAGGGUUUUCUACAGCUGAAUACAUAGAAAGUACAUGAUUUUUCAACUUGGAACAUUCUGAUUCUUACAGAAAACUAUCCAACCAUAAGAUAACUAGAGACAUUUAUUCAAAGUUUGAUAAGCUAAGAUCAAGUCUCCAUUUUUAUCAUCUAGGGGAUGUUUCUAAACUAUAGUUUGUCAUAUUAGUUUUGAUUUAUUCUCCUCAUAUAUACGACACCUUAUUUGUAAAUGGGUAAACUGCCGUGCCUGAGGUAGGACUGCCAUGAGUUCAGGGCCAGCUUUAACUGUAUAUUGAGUUCUGGACCAGCUGGGCUAUAUUGUGGAACCCUCUCUCAAAGUCAAUACCAAAAAGAAAAUAACACAAACUACAAUAUUUUUCCUUCAUAUAAUUUUUAAAACUGGGAACAUUUUCCUUAGAAAUACUGUGUACUUCCCCAGCAACAACAGGACUACUAAACAUAGGGUGGGCUGGAUGAUGCUUUGACAGAACCAGAGAAGCGAUAGGGACCACUGCUUGGUGGUCAGCCACCCUGGCACAGAUUGGGAUCUGUCCCCUGGUCAGGCCACGUCCUCCCCCCAGCUGUGUGCCUGCAGCACCCCAAGGAAUCUCCAUUGGAUUUUAAAGAAGCACAACAGAGUAUUUCCCUUUGUAUGUUUCUAGCACAGAACUGUUUCUAAAACAACUUGAAGUGUAGUUUUCUUAUAGAAACAAUUAUUUCAUGUUUGUUUUAUUUAAGUACUAGAAUGUAAAACCUUUAAGGUUCAGAUUUUUAAACAACUAGUAUAAUAUUGUAUUUGCCUCAUCUGAUGCACUGUAUCCCAACCUGUAAUUAAAAUUAUAAUAUGUUUGCUCCCUGGUCUUUUUGUUGUCUCUUUUGACCGUUCCAGUAGCUUUCCAUCUGAGGAAAGUGAGUACUAAUAAAGUAGCAUGUUGAAUGCUUACUAUACGCCUGCCACAGUUAAUAUAUGUAAAGUGUCCAAUGCUACUUGAUUGACUUACUAAGUUGUCAGUAAUUUAGUGUGAGUCUUGAGUGUUUGGGCUGGAACAGGUAGGUGAUCUGAUUUUCAAAUCUGAAAGUCCCCUUAUUCAUAACCUUGAAGAAAUGUUGAAGAUACAAAGACCUGGAGUAAGCAGAAGCAGUGGUUCUCCUUAUGCAAAUACACUGUUCUCUUCAGUCCUUGUUGGCUCUAUGGGACUGUGUACUUUUUUCAAGGUUCUAAAACCUAGUGUGAAAUUAUACCACCUCCUGUGUGCCACC